AUGGCUCAGGCACUAUUAGGAGCGGGCGUCCUCCAGGAAGAAUGGCAGGGCAUAGUUCAGUGUGUCAUGUCUCAUGCCCUAUCCUUAAACCGAAUAAAGGUGAAGGGCAAGAAGAAGGAAGUGGAGGUAUGGAAUAGGAGUCUAUGGAGCGGAAUAUUCAAGACCGGGGUAGGAGACAGCUGGGGCAGUAGUCCAUCAGGACAGGGCAUGUUAGGGGCCUUGGCAUGUCUGAUGGUUGCUCUUAUGGGAUGGCCACGAACCGAAUCUGGUCCCUCCCAAAAGAUUAUUUCAGACUGUCAGGAAAUCUGGGACAUUGUGGGACUGGACCUGACAGCGAAAACUCAAAGAGCGAGACCCGAACAAGGCGCGACUAUGGAAGACUUAGUCCAACGACUAGGAAACCCCGACCCCAUCGACUCCAGCCAGUACAACAAGUUAGGCCUUAUUUUGAGUAUCUAUUCUGGGAUGAGGAAAUGCUGUAACUAUAGAAAACAUUAUGAUCUGACCAGCCUUAUAACAAAAGGAGAAGAGGAGCUCACUAAGCUUGGACAGUGUAUUAUGACCAAGGAGACAUUAAAUUGUGAGGGAGGAACAGGCAAGGAUGAAGGGGGAUAUCUAAACCUCUGGACCAGAAGCAUGAAGUCACUGAGUAAAGCUACUCCUAAACCUCCCCCCACCCAGGUCAAAUUAACAGAGACGGAAACCAGGAAGGAGCUAGCAGCAACCGCCCCCAGGAACCAAUAUAGCACAAGCCACGAAGCAACACUCCUCAACUGGGCAGCCGACACACUGGCGAACCAUCCGGGCCAAGAAUCCUCUCGAAGAGGAAUACAAGUCUUACAACAGUCCCAAGCUAAGGCUAAAGAAGUAGCAGAUCGGACGAACCAAGAUGGAACACCAAGGGACCAAGUCGGCCCCCCUGCCGAGCUCACCACCGGCUCCUCAGUAGCAGACCCUCCGCAAAUCCAUCCUGCCCGACAGUCCCACCCGCCUCCAGCACCUGAACAACUGACCAAAGGGACUAUAUAUGCAGGCAGCCCACCCAAAGCCUUAGGAACUCCCGCUCCCUCGGCAGAUAAUCCAGUUAGGACCAAAUCCCCGGUUCCUACACCACUACGGGAGGGCGUGUCAGGCUUAGAUCCUCCCAGCAAGGAGCUAUCAGCCCCAAGAGAUGAGCGCCCACACUCCGAGUCAGUGAAGCUCGGUUCAAUAAUAGGGGGAGUUUUGGGAGGUAUAUUAGCCUUGGCGAGUAUCUACGGGGUAUCCAGGGUAUAUCUCCUGAUGCCAAGAACCUCGUCGAGGGCACACGCUUCCGUAACAGGGGAGAGAAGUAAUAUUGGAUAUGGGAGCAGCACUGACCAUUAG